AUGGUUUGAAACGACAAACAUAAAGUGGCAACCUUGUUCAUUUUACGUUUUAGAGAUUCGAAAAGUCUAGCGCGAUUUGUAGCGCUUGCUUGGAGGAAAUUCAUUCCUAUUUCUGACCAUCCAUCGUUACUAGAAAUGCAAGAGUUGUCACCAGUAUCGGUGAAAACUGUUUUGCUUAUCGCCGUCCUGAUGGCGACAGGUUUUUCAAGAUUCUCCAGAAAUGCUGCGCUGGCGGAUGGUGGAAAAUGUUCAUUACCAUCUGUCACAGGACCAUGCCGGGGACUCUUUAUUAAGUGGUUCUACAACUCUGGGUCAAAAUCCUGCCAGCAGUUCACAUAUGGAGGCUGUGAUGGAAAUGAUAACAGAUUUGAUAGCGAGGCAGAAUGCAAAUCAGCUUGUGGUUCUAACAAUGGUGACCUUUAGUGUGUUUGGAGCAAGUAAAUAAAUUUCGGAUUUUCAGCUUAUGAAAGCCAUUCAUUAUGGUUUGAUGAUAACAAUGUUAUUACGGUGAAAUAUUUCUGCUAGAUUAACAAGAUGUACUGUUCGAUUCUUGUCGUAUUCUGAAAAGGAACAUCAAUAAAGGGUUAUGCUUUACACAGUAGCAUUA